AGUGCCAAAGUCGAAGUCAAUACCCCACUAUUCCUAUACGGUGGAUCCGUUGCCAAGGUCCGAUUUAUUUGAGAAAUCCAUCAGUUGUACAUAAUAAAUCACGAGCCUAUUGUUUUCUACAACGGUUAGUCCAAGUCUAAUACGCUUACCAGUUAACAAUCGGCUAAGGUAAGCAGGUUAUUAUACUUCGACCAAAUCAAUCCAUUCUCGACAGAUCUCAAAAUAAAACGAUGUCGGGAAACGAAGGCCACGAUAGCGUGAGAAGACCGCGUUCCACGUCGCGAUCGCGGCCGACAACACCCCUCCGCCCCUCCUCCCGUUCCUCGUUUCGCGAAUCCGCCCAGCGUAGUGUUGAGGGCAGCGAACCGUUUCCGCUCAAUACUUUCGAGCCCGCCUUUGCCGAGCUCUCCGACGCCGUCGCCGACUUGGAGGCGAACAUGAUGCAUUUUCAACUUAUGCACGAGAGCCUUGCUCGUUUCAGCGAGAGCUUCGCUAGUUUCUUAUACGGCCUAAACAUGAAUGCUUUUUGUGUCGAUUUUCCCGAGGGUCCAAUUGCGGAAUCGUUUCGUCGCGCAAAACUUAAUGAUAAUGAGGAGCAGCCACACUCUACAGGUCGAUCUAGAAGCACAGAACGAGGUGAAUUUGACGGGGAGACGACAUUUAUGACUACAGACACAUCCUUCGUAGAGAAUCCACCAACCGUCUCUAAACCGACCCCCAAGAAGUUUGCGACUCCAACUCCGGAAACUCGCCAAUCUCGUCUCCCUAGCACGUCGAGAGGCGGGACGCAAUCGAGGGGAAGAGGUGGAACCGGGAGGGGUCGCACAAGCGGCCUCGUCAGACCGAGAGCUCGUGGUUUGAGAUGAGCGAAUUUGACCUCGCCUCAAUGCCUAAUCAUGAAUGCCUUGAAUGACAUUGCAUAUUCUAGCGCAUUGCAAUGCGCUCAAUUAUGUGCCUGAUCGACAGCAACACGAUGGAUUUGCCGAGUGACACGAUAAGUGCCUAACUAGGAGUUCGUGGGGUAG